CCAACCGGAGAUGGAGUUGACAAGAGAGAAAGAGGAACAUGCAAUACCAGAAAAAGAGAUAGAGCCAAGAAUAAUUUCCAAGCAAGAAGAUGUAGAAGACAAAAAUGGCACCAAGAGAACUAGGACUAUAAGUUGUCCUACAAACUGUGAAUACCUCAUCCCCCCUGACAAUGAGGGCUUUGACGGACAUAAAAUUCCAGAAGGAAUGGGCUUAGAGGAUACAGCUGCUGAGCUUAAGGAGAAGCCAAGAGGGGAGGGAAAAGGAAGGAAGGUGAUCAAUCUGGAGAUGCCAACUGGUCUAUUGAGAACAGAAUGUUUCUAGGCAAGCAAGGAAGGCUGCCAAAGUGAGGAGAGCACACUACCAAUUGGAACUAUUGAAAAGAAGAAAGACAAAUGCCUAAAACAGGGAGGCCAAGGAAGAAUUUGAGUUAGUCUGCAUUUACCUUGUGACUGUGUGCUUUAUUCCAUCAUAAAAUUUCUCAUGCUCAGCUUAGUAUACCGGUAAUAACUUCAAUGUACUUGAGUCUUAGGAACUGUGAUUGACAAUCAACUAUAAGAACAAUGAAAAAGUUAGUUUUCCCAUGGCUUCUCAGGUGUCAUUAAGUUUGUUACAAUUUAGAGUGAGCUUUUUUUUUUUUUUGAAAAAUAGAAUGAACUUGCUAU